CAUUGCGGUUGUCCCAAGUGGAUGGUAUGAUGAUAGGAUGGUUUUCUGGCCCAGCUAUAAAAACACCGACAGAAUUGAAAGGGCCGCUUUAAAUGAGGUGCAGCAUGAGCCAAACUGGCCAAGAUUUGACGUUUCUGUUGUCCGAACUUGUGACAACUACAAAGACGCAUUAAAAAUAAUGCAACAAUAUGGAAAGGGCUGCAACACCUCAGACCUGCAAUCUGAGGCAGAGAACGAGGAGCUGCCAGAAAAAAGGAACAGGAAGCCAGUCCAUCAUCUCGGGGACUCAGAUGAUAGCGAAGAAGACCCGGGAAAUAGUGACCUCACAUCUCUGGGGUUGGCAAGCCAAUUGCACAGGCAGACUCCAUCGUCUCGCCGAGUGCCAGCAAGAGUCAUGAGUACUUGUCAACUCGACUCCUCAACUGGAGAUAACUUUCUAGCACCUCACCAUGGGGAAGGACACAUUCAUAUGCCUUCACCAGCACAUGCAUUAAACAUGCAGAGAGUUACACAAGGAACGGCAGUCCCUCCUCGACUCCCUCCACCCCCCUCACCAGCAGCCCUCAACAUGUGGCAGACAGAGGAGCCUGGAUCCAGCCUGGCCUACAGGCCAACAUGGCGAGGGGAAAGAAUGGCCGACAACAUUUCCUGCUCUGCGCCUGAGGUAAUCCACAUCCUUAGCCUGCUGGAAACUAUUAAGCACAACCAAGACCAGCUGAUUGCGAAGGUGCUGUGAGUAAAAAUGUGUUGACAAGGUCAGCCACGGACGCCGAGGUCACCAAACACGCCAUCAGGUGGUUCAACUUGGCGGGGGAUCGGGCAACGAGGAGACGAGUCCCGCUUCCACCUCCUCAGGAGGAAUAGAGAUGUAUAUGUAUAAAUAAACAACCUUUUAUUGGACUUCUUGUCAUUCACCAGUUAUUAAUUUUCUGAUAU